GACCGUUUUGAAUGAACGAUGUUGUUUAUCUUCUAUUCUAAUACUGCUUACAAACGACGUACAUUUUAAAAUAGGGUCGUUUAAAAUUGUAGCUGUAUUUAUAUCCUUGUUUGUUUUGUGUCAUUCGUCGAGCCAUGUGCGCAUUUUAUUUAUUUAUUUAAUUAAUUAAUUAACGUUACAAAACGAUUCUUUAAACCGAAUCCUAUGAACAGAAAAUACGAAAUUGGUUCGUUCUUUUGCAUCUCACGGCUCAUUGUAAAUAAUCACAGACUAGCCUGCUGUCCCCCUAGAUUCGGUAGCAGUUCAAUGUUUACCUUUCUCGAGACUUAAACAAAUGUGUGUCUCUCUCGGGGCCACUAUCUGCGACACUCUCUAACUGUCUGACCUGUUGACCGACACGUCUGAACAGACAGAAGAAUUGACUGACCAGAAUUCCUUUGGGAACAGACACACCUCUUUCUCCCGUGUCUGAUAUAAAGCUUUACAGUACAGGAAUCCAUUUCUGGUUUCUAACGUCACUCACUUGUUACCACUACACGAGCGUGAGGUGAAAUUGAUGACCAUCUUUAUUUUUGUUGUGCAGACAGCCAUGUUUUUUUUUAGGUUUAGUUCGUCCUUUUUUAACUGUGCCCCUUAACUUUACGUUUUCCGAUAUGUAUUAGAUGUGACGACGUGUCUUGCGUCGGAUUUAGUUAUUUUCUGCCGUCUAGCACUCUUGUUUGACUGACCUUCUGUUCACAGAUGACAGGAGGGGCCGGGGCUGACCAUGCAGUUUGGCUCUUAAGCCUGUGACUAUGCAGUGGGAUUGAAAGUGAAAAGAAAAUUCCCUCCUAUUUUUCUCUAUUACUUUCCCCCAUCAGGGUUCACCUCUGUUCAGGGUUUGGUUGAUAUAGCUGGACCAUGAAGAAGCCAAUACCACAGAAAGCUAUAGAGUGGAAGGAUGGAAGACGAAUUAAACAUGCACGCAGUGGUCGACCGUCGCGAGUGCCAUCUCAGUACCAAGGGCACUUCAGCUGGGACAAAUACCUGAAGGAAACAGGAACAACGGCUGCUCCGGCCCCUUGCUUUAGACAGAGCACCACCCCUCCAGUGAACGAGUUCAAAGCGGGCAUGAAGCUGGAGGCGCAGGACCCGCGCAACACCACGUCCACCUGCAUCGCCACGGUGGUGGGGCUGACGGGCGCACGCCUCCGCCUCCGGCUCGACGGCAGCGAUAACAAGAACGACUUCUGGCGCCUGGUGGACUCGUCCGAGAUCCAGCCCAUCGGCAGCUGUGAGAAGAACGGAGGCAUGCUGCAGCCCCCGCUGGGUUUUCGCCUGAACGCCUCGUCGUGGCCCAUGUUCCUGCUGAAAACCCUCAACGGAGCGGAGAUGGCCCCGGCACGCAUCUUUCACAAGCAGGAGCCGCCCGCCCCGGAGCAGAACUCCUUCCAGGUGGGCAUGAAGCUGGAAGCGGUGGACCGCAAGAACCCGCACUUCAUCUGCCCUGCCACCGUCGGGGCGCUGCGCGGGGUGGAGGUGCUGGUCACCUUCGAUGGCUGGCGCGGCGCCUUCGACUACUACUGCCGCUACGACUCGCGUGACAUCUUCCCCGUGGGCUGGUGCGCCAUGACCAGCGACAACCUGCAGCCGCCCGGCACCAAAGUGGGACUGCCUAAGUCUCUGGGAGCUCUGACAGACGGAACGGUGGAGGGGACAGCGGUGGCCCCCACGCUAGGCCGGCCCCCGGGGCAGAGGGGCCGCAAGCCGGGCCGAAAGAAAACCAAGCUGCCCGAGACCUGGCUCCAGAAGGGGGCGCCACUGGGACCGCAGGCGGCACAGGCGGGGAAGAGUCUGGAGCCGGUCAAAAUCCCCAAAAAGAGAGGCCCCAAACCAGGCAGCAAGCUGGGUUGGGCGAAGCGUGCAGCAUGGUUAGAAGGGGCGAUGGCAGGUCCUGGACGGCCCGCCACGAGGCCCCGAGGUCGUCUGCCUGCUAACUGGACUCAGCGGCUCCAGCAGGCGCAGCAGGGCCAGGACGACCAGCCCGUCAAGAUCCCAAAGAAGAGAGGACCCAAGCCCGGCAGCAAGAGGAAACCGCGGGUGCCCCCCAACCCCAUCCCCACCUCCCCCACCAGCAGCACUCCUGAACCCGACACCAGCUCUGUGCCCCUGGACAAUGCCACCAUCCCCAGCUCUGCCCUGCAGGCCCCUACAGUGUGUGUGUACCUGAAUAAGUAUGGCAAGGUGGGUCCUCACCUGGACUCUCGUAAGGUGCUGCAGCUGCCGGACCACUUUGGGCCGGGCCGGGCCUCGUCUGUGCUUCAGCAGUGUGUGCAGGCCUGUGUAGACUCCGCCCACAACCAGGGCUCCGUCUUCUCCUGCCUCAAACCCGGACACGGCGGGGAGGUCAUCUCAGCGUGCUUUGAGCAGCAGCACCACACGCUAACGCUGCCUACGGUGAGCAGUGUGACCUACGUGCUGCGCUUCCUGGAGAAGCUCUGCCACAACCUACACUGUGACCCGCUGUUCGGCAGUCAGCCCGUGCAGCAGGGGGCGCUGCAUUACGACAGCCAUGCCUACCCAGAGAGGGCUCAUUUUGGGGAGGCGCAUCCCUCCGGCCCGGGCAGAGGCACCAAGCGAUACCUGCAGGACCCCUACAGCGGCAGCCCCCUUCCCCACAAAGUCCCCAAAACACACCGCCACUCCUCAGAUGGUGAGUCCUUUCAGCUGGAGAACGGAGUGGGGGGGUCGGAGCACUCGGAGAAGACCCCCGUGUCCCCCAGCUCCACGGGGAGACCCCUGGCCCUCUGUUCGCUCUCACAGAGGGGAAGUCCACCGGGGAAACUCUUCCGUCUGGGUUCAACAGGGUCGGGCAGCUUUGUGGGGUCCAGAGAGAGUCCAAGACCCAGCUGCCAGGACCCAAACCUUUGGACGGUGGAGGAUGUGAUGCAGUUCAUCCGCGACAUCGACCCCCUGCUCGGACCGCACGCCGACCUCUUCCGCAAACAUGAGAUUGACGGCAAGGCCCUCCUAUUGCUGCGCAGCGACAUGAUGAUGAAAUACAUGGGUCUGAAGCUGGGCCCCGCCCUCAAGCUCACCUUCCACAUCGACAGACUGAAGCAGGGUCGCCCCUGAGCCCCAAGUCAUCUUCUCCCCCAGUGUUACCAUUCAACCCCCACCGCCUAUCAGAAGGUCAACGCCUAUCAUGUAGCAUUCCUCAGGCUCUCUGUUAGCCAACCCCCCCCCCCCCCUCCCCCAAAACCCUUUUAUAUAUCAAGUCCACCAUCCAAACCACCCAACCCUUGACUUCUCCCAUGCACUGCCCAGUGACGGCCAUUUUGGGUCACUUGUUUAGCACAAUCCAGUUCAUUGGAAUUAUGGGAAAGAACCCAAACCACACCUAAGUCUCUGUGUUCCUUCUCAGAACAUUCAGCACUUAUGGAUUCACUGACGUUCUGCAGUGUUCUCCAGCGUUCUCCAGCGUUCUGGGCCGCAGCCAAGGACUUGAGUUAUGCAGUCACACAGCAAAGAAGGAAGGAGAAAUAACAGGCCAUUUUCAGGGCCUCCUUUUUUUAAAUACAGUUUUUUGAAUUGUCUUCUAUAUUUUAUAUUCCUCUCACAGUAAGGGACUGAUUUUUUUUAUUUGCUCAGCCAUUUUGUACAAGGGUUCUUUUGUACAAGACUCAUUUUCUUUCUGACAAACACCCGACAGACAAACACUAGGACUCUAUGAUCUGCAGCACGAGACCAAUUCAAAACUGACGUCUCGUCUCAAAGCACUUUUCAUUUCUCUAUACAUCAAAACUGCCACCAUUAUCAUCAUCAUCAUGAUAACCAUCAUCAUCAUAUCAAACAGAACACAACAAGGAAAAGGUGCCGUGACGCUCCUCCCUUUCUAUCUUUUUAUGGAUGUUUGCAUUGUCCUUUUGUCUUACGUCGUCAUUUGUACUUUUCAAAAUUUUAUACUAUAUUGUUAGAGUUCAUACAUUGAGAUUGUUAUCAUACUCGUGACGGUUCAAUAAAAAAAGAAAUCAAGUGUU